AUGGCCAAGCUCGGUGUCGUGCUCUCGACGUUGACGAAGCAUCCGACAGUCGUAAAUGUGUUGUUGACAAAUCGCACCCAGGCGUAUUUUACAGUGGCCACAGCAUGUUGUCUCGUCUAUGAUCACUUAACAACAUUAUCCGACGAAGUUGAAAUGAUAUGGAAACACCCCGGAGGAUGGAAUCUUGUCAAAAUCCUCUUUUUCAUGACUCGAUACGUGGCGGUUGCUGGUCAACUGGCACUCAGCUAUGGAUAUGCCAUCAUGGGGUAUUCAUUCUACAGCGUUAACAAGGUACAAUCAACCUUUGUCCGAAUAUUACAAGUCGAUGUUGACGUUCAGUACGUAAUCUGGGGUUUCUUUGUUGAUCAAACAGAGCUGUAUGUUGUUCUCCCACAAACACAUUUUCUUGUUUUUCACAGGAAUACUGUAGGCCACGACUAUCAGCUUUUUCUUCGAAUACAAGGCUAUGCGAUGAUUAUUCCAUUAUUUUGCAUGCACGGGAUUAUGAUGUAUCGGAUCUCUAGCAUGUACAGUCAUAAGCGCAAGAUAAUCAUUCUCCUCAUUUCUGGAUUCGCAGUGGAGAUCGUAUCCGCGCUUACGAUGUUCAUUUCCACUGAUGUUUUAGCCUACACUAUGCCCGACCCAUCUCCCGGUAUUCACAUAUGUCUGCGCGUUCCGAAGAGGAACUUUAUCUUUGUUGCACCUAUAAUUAUUGUCUUGUUUGAAUCCCUUUUGUUUACGCUGUCUCUGUACCGCGGGCUACACUAUUAUCGCUUGCAAAAGAGCGUUCCAAAAUGUAAACUCCAGCCUCCGCACUCAUUGGGAACCAUACUGUUUCGCGACAGCAUUGUUUUCCCUUUCUUUACGGUGACGUUUCUUAUCGCGUCUAUCGUUGCGAUGGCAUCGUUGCCCAUGCUAGCUAUACAAAUCACGUAUACCAUCACUGCCGCCUGGCCUGCAAUCGCUGGCCCUCGCCUAAUUCUCAAUUUACGAGAGGUAUAUUACAAAUCUUUUAAAGAUGAAUGCGAUCGGAGUGUCGACUAUAAUAUCGAUAUCGAUCUGAUAGAGCCGUGGUUUGAAGAGGAGUAA